AUGGAUACCGUGUCCCUGGAGCAUCAGAUCCAGAGCGUGCAACGCCACAUUAGCUUCCUGAAAAAGGAGCAGAUGGCCCUGCUGCGAGACCUGCACCUGGAAAUCCUGAGGCUGCAGAAACGCUGCUCAGGACCGGUGGGGCUGAGGGAGCGCACCCGCAGUCUGAACGUGGGGAGGAGGGCUCGACGGCGUCAGCCACUGAGCGAGGCAGGUGUGUUCCCCGCUGGGCGGGCGCCGUCACCUUUCCCCUCUCGCCCCUUCGCAGAGGAGGCUUCCCGGGAGCUGGAGAGCAAGUGUCGCGCGCUGGAAUCGCAGCUGGCGGCGCGGACUGCGGCCAACGCCGAGCUGCGGCGGGAGGUGGCGCAGCGGGAGGCGCUGGUGUCGGCCCUGCGCUGCAGCCUGAGGUCCGAGGAGCGCCGCUUCCUGGAGGAGCUGCGUCGCCGCAGCCACCGUGCCACAGUCCUGGGCACCGAGCUACAGAAGCACACGGAAGCGGCCGCCUACCUGUCCUGCCAGCUGCACGCAGCGCGACAGAGACUGCAGGCCCCGCGCCCGAGCUCUGGGGCCACCGCCACCGCCGAAGCCAGACCCCGCCGGCGCGCACAGCGGGCCCGCCGUCCCCCGGAGGCCGCCGCCAAGGGCCCCAGCCGGGACUGGGCCUCCUGGGACCGCGCAGCCGGCGGCCUGGACGACAUCGACCCCAUGCCCGACCCUGCGCUCUUCCUCCACGCCCGGAGGCCCCCUCGGCCCAGUGCCCGCGGCCCGCGCCAGCCGCCGCCCCAAGAGCCCCCGGACCAGAGCGGCGCGCAACCCAACGCGCCCAGCCCGCCAGGCACACUCGGCGACCCAGAGUAGGCGCGGGGCUCCGGGCACCCUGCAGGGUGGUCCCGGGGACUGAGGCCACCCGUCCCGGGACCCCAGCCCCUCGAGCCACCCCGCCUUUUGUAUUUCCCAACGUUUCCGAAGCUUCGAGCUCUCCCCUCCCACGAGGCAGCUCCUCCGAGAAGGCUGAGCCGUUGCACCUUUUUUGUGGAGAACUCGCAGUACUGAUCCUGACCUGGUCCCUGCCUGGCCACUGGGUGGGGGGCGGCGGGGAUCAUGCUCUGCCUUGGGAAAGCUGACAAUCCUUUGGGAAGGAGAAAGGCUAGCCUACUGGAAGGAAUGCAGAGCGCAGCUGGCACCCCUAAGCUUCCAGCUUUCCUGCCUUGCCUUCCUCCCCGGAAGAGGCCCCAACUCUGGCUGGUUCUUUACUCGGGUAACGCUGUUCCCACCCCUCCCUCUUCCCAUCGAAAUCCUUGCAGGUGAGCACAGAACACUUUAGAGAUCCUGUCCUCCCAGAGCCCCUGGUGGGGCAACUGUAGCUUGAUGGAAGUUGAACUUCUGGACCAGUAAGAUUAUAGAAUGGCUUUGGUGGCAGGAUAUGACCUGGUCUAGAGCUGUCUGUGCCCAACUCAGCUCCCGGCUCUGCCACAGGGGUGGGGGAACACUCGCUGUCCUGGGGCAGUGACAUGGGAUGGAGGCUUGUGGAAGGGCAAGGACUGCCUUUCCCCUCCUAGAGGCUGACCUGGGGGGUCUGCCUCCUCCGGUUAUUGGUGCUAAUCUUGCCCAGCUUCCUAAGCAGCUGGGUGCACCCCAAAGCUGAAAGGAGGACUUGGCUUCUUGGAAGUGGCGGCUGUUGGUAAAGUUUAGAUUUGCUAAGCAGCAGGGAAUAGGCAGGAGACAAGUUAGUCUCCAGCCUGGCCCCCUCUAGGGAUGGCCCUAAGUCUAUCCAAACCUGAUAGUGGCAGGGUGCUCCUAUGCUCCCUGUUUUGAUUGGGGAAUAGUGAAACAAAAAGUAGAAUCCAACACACACAUACACUCACACUCACCCCCUUUUCCUCCAGCGCUCCACACUACCAAAGGCAAAAAGUACAGCUUCAGCCCAGCUCAUUGCCUUUACCCAAGCCCAACCUAUAAACAGUCCCCAGAGUCCUCAUGCCAUCCCUCCUGGGUUGGUCCUUCACCAAGUCCAAGUCCUAAGUGCCUGUGAGGUCUUCCAGGGGGUGCCCAGGGAGGACACUUCCUUCAUUCAGACAUCUAGUCCAUGGCAGCUCCUAAUCUUGGCAGAGGCUGAACAUUCUGUAUGUCACCAGGAUUCUGGGAGAAGAGUCAGGUCUCUAGAGAUGACAAACUUUUCCUAUCAUGGCCCCCAGAGAGGAAAUCCCUGAUCCAUGUCCUCUUUUGUGCUACAUUAGAGGGAGCAGAAACACAAUAAAAACCAGAAAACUGAGCUUACUCCCAGCCUAGCCAGACAUGCAGCCCUCUCCCACUGACCCCAUCCAGAACUGCUUAAGGCUGCCAAGUAGUAAGCAGGCUGGCUGUCCUGCUCCUGGGAGUCAGGUAUUGGAGGUGGAGCUGGGGGUCCUUGUUCUGUCUGCCCCCUACCUCUGCUCUCCCCCAUCCCCAUGCUGGCCCUGCCAUCAGUCUCCACUGCAGUGUGUGUACUCACUGCUCUGUGCUGCCAACCUCGCUAUCAGAACCUGCUGUGUUAGGAUCUUACUCUCUUGGAGGAUUGUGGGAAGGAGGGGACAGGAUUCUUGCUGGAAGAACCCACACAGACUUCAUCUUUUACAACUACAUUUGGGGUGAACAGGGUGAUUUUGUUACACUGAUUCUUCUACAGAGAUGGUGAAGUCUUUUGUCCACCCCCCACCUCCCACCCACUAAAAGCCAUAGUGCCCACCCGGCCUCCAUCAAAGCUCUAUAGCAAUAGCCCUCUUCCCCUUCCCUCCUAGGUACCCAGGGUUUCCAACUAGGAGAGGCCCCACCUCAGCCCUAGGGGUCCUGUUGUGGCCUGCCUGCCUCUCCCCAAGUGACCCCACCAACAUCUCCCAAAUUCUGUCCCUCUUCCAGCAACCAGUGAUGAGACUUGUUUGUGAGGUUCUUGGAGAUCCCCUAGAUGAAAAGUUCUAAGUGCCAGGGUGGCUGGGAAAGGAAGUAAGGGAACCUUGCCCCACCAAGGGGGAUGAUGGGGAGGCCAAGGCAGAUACAGGGUUCUAAUUUUAGCAGAAAUUCCAUCCAGGCUGUCAUGGUACCACACAACUGUAAUCCCGGCACUUGGGAGGCUGAGGCAGGAGGUUUGCU